GAGCACAUUUUGGGGCUCCCUCCGCGGCCACUCAAUAAAUACGCAAUUCCACCGGCCCUAGGGUACAGUAUCUCGGGGAUCGGCGUCGAAAACACACGGAACUUGCCAUCCAGCAACGCUUGCUUCAUAUUGUGAAAUAAAUAGUUUCUAGAACAGGUGGACGACAACUGAAUGCGAGAAAGCCUGCAAUUAAUUUCACAAUAUACCACGGCACCCCCUUUCAAGUGAUUCGAGGGAUUAUAUAAGACACAGAUAAUGGCUGGAAGCAUUACAAUCAACGGCACUAGCUAUGAAGUUAAUCUGGCUGCCCUGCCUGCGGACAUCUCGCUCAACACUUUCAUCCGAGAGAAUGCCGGUCUGACGGGCACAAAGUUCAUGUGCCAGGAAGGCGGAUGCGGUGUCUGCGUGUGCACGCUGACCGGCAUCCACCCGGAAACGGGGGAGGUGCGCACUUGGGGCGUAAACUCGUGCCUCACGAUGCUGAACACCUGCCUGGGACUGGAGGUGACCACAACGGAGGGUCUGGGCAACAAGCGGGUGGGCUACCACGCCAUCCAGGAGCGGCUGGCCAAGAUGAACGGCACCCAGUGCGGCUACUGCUCGCCGGGCAUCGUGAUGAACAUGUACGGGCUGCUCAAGUCGAAGGGGGGUCGCGUGACCAUGGCGGAGGUGGAGAACUCCUUCGGAGGCAACAUCUGUCGCUGCACUGGAUACCGCCCCAUCCUGGAUGCCAUGAAGUCCUUUGCGGUGGACAGCGACAUUGCGGUGCCCGCGGAGUGUGCGGACAUCGAGGAUCUGGGCACAAAGCAGUGCCCCAAGACGGGCGAGCUAUGCGCCGGCACCUGCAAGAAGCAGUCGCCCAAGGGCAGUCAGGUCUACCUGGACGGCAGCCGCUGGAGCUGGCCGGAGAGCCUGAGCCAGCUAUUUGAGGUCCUGCAGAGCGCUGUCAAAGAGAAGCUGCCCGUCAUGCUGGUGGCCGGCAACACGGCUCACGGGGUGUACAGGCGCAGUGCGGACAUCAAGGCGUUCAUCGAUGUCGGGGCCUUGGCAGACCUCAAGGAACACAAGCUGGCAGUUGAUUCCUCCUCCCUUACGCUUGGGGGAAACCUGAGCCUCACAGAAACCAUGGACAUUUGCCGCCAGCUGGAGAAGACCCGUGGCUUCGAGUACUUGUCGCAGGUGUGGCAACAUCUCGAUUGGAUUGCCAACGUUCCCGUGCGCAAUGCCGGCACCUUGGCGGGCAAUCUGGCUAUCAAGCAUGCGCACCCAGAGUUCCCCUCGGACGUGUUCAUUGUCCUCGAGGCCCUGGACGCACAGGUGAUUGUCCAGGAGUCGGUGGCUAAACAGGCAACUGUGAGCCUCGCCAGCUAUCUGAAGACGCCGAUGGAGGGCAAGAUCAUACGAGGAUUUGUGCUGCCCGCUUACCCCAAGGAUCGUUUCCUGUUUGACUCCUACAAGAUCAUGCCUCGUGCCCAGAAUGCCCAUGCCUAUGUCAAUGCCGCUUUUCUCCUCGAGUUGGACAACGUCUCCAAAGUGAAGACCGCUCGCAUUUGCUUUGGCGGCAUCAACCCGGAGUUUGUCCAUGCCACUGCCAUUGAGAAACUGCUUUUGGGACGCAAUCCCUAUGAAAAUGGACUGGUGGAGAAGGCCUUUGGCCAACUAUCGACUCUUCUGCAACCUGAUGAGGUGCUGCCCGAUGCCUCACCCGUGUACCGACGCAAGCUUGCCUGUGGCCUCUUCUACAAGUUCCUGCUGAAGACCGCCGCCCAGAGGAAACAGGGAGUUGGCAGUCGCUUCGCUCUGGGCGGAUCCUUGCUGCAGCGCCCGGUGUCGAGUGGAAAGCAGAACUUCGAGACCUUCCAGGAACACUAUCCGGUGACCAAGGCCACGGAGAAGCACGAGGGCCUCAUCCAGUGCUCCGGCGAAGCAACCUACGCCAACGAUCUUCCCACUCAACACAAUCAGGUGUGGGCGGCCUUUGUCACAGCAAAGAAAGUGGGUGCUAAGGUCACGAUGGUGGAUCCCCAGCCAGCGCUGGCUCUGCCCGGAGUGGUGGCCUAUUUGGAUGCCAAGGACAUACCGGGACCUAACUACAUUGGACCUAAGACCCGUGACCAGUUUUUCUUUGCUCAAGACGAGGAGCUUUUUGCCACUGGCGAGAUCAAAUUCUACAACCAGCCCGUCGGCAUAAUCGUUGCCAAUACCAACGCCCUGGCUCAUCGCGCCGCAGUAUUGGUGAAGUUGAGCUACAAAGGAGGUGCCAAGGAAGUGCUACCCAGUCUGAAGCAUGUGCUGGACAAGGUGGGAGCCUCAUCUAGCGAGCGCUUGGAGCAAAAGGUCAAGUCAACUCUGGACAACCUCGACUUGGAGGGGGAGCACUUUGAUCUGAGCUCCUCCGGUCAGCUGGACAUGGGUCUGCAGUACCACUACUACAUGGAGCCGCAGACUACGGUAGCAGUGCCCUUCGAGGGCGGCCUGCAGGUGUAUGUAGCCACCCAGUGGAUGGAUCUUUCGCAGGACGUCAUCGCCAACAUCCUUAAACUGAAAGCCAACGAGGUGCAGGUAAAGACUCGCCGUAUCGGAGGCGGAUACGGAGGAAAGGCCACCCGCUGCAACCUCGCCGCUGCGGCCGCUUCUGUCGCUGCGAACAAGCUCAAUCGUCCCGUGCGCAUGGUCCAGUCGCUCGAGUCAAUCAUGACUACCAUAGGCAAACGGUGGGCCUUCCAUUGUGACUAUGACUUCUUCGUUCAGAAGUCCGGCAAGAUCGUGGGUAUCGUCAGUCGCUUCUUCGAGGAUGCAGGCUACUUGUCGAACGAGUCCCCCAUGGGGCACGUGGUAAUGCUGUCCAAGAACUGCUACGAAUUCAGCGAUAACUUCAAGUUGGAUGGUUUCCUUGUCUACACGGACGCUCCCAGCAACACUCCGUGUCGGGCUCCUGGGUCCGUGGAAGGCAUUGCCAUGAUAGAAAAUAUCAUCGAGCACAUCGCCUUCGAGACGGGGCAGGAUCCUGCAGACGUGCGAUAUGCCAACAUGCUGCCCGCCCACAAAAUGGGAGAAAUGAUGCCUGGAUUCCUAAAGAGCACCCUUUAUAAGGAUCGUCGUUCGGAUAUUAUUGCCUACAACAAAGAGAAUCGGUGGCGCAAGCGUGGAUUGGGUCUGUGCAUCAUGGAGUACCAGAUCGGGUACUUCGGACAGUACCCGGCGACGGUAGCUAUCUAUCACAGCGAUGGCACUGUGGUUGUUUCCCACGGAGGCAUAGAAAUGGGACAAGGCAUGAACACCAAGAUAUCCCAGGUGGUGGCCCAUACUCUGGGCAUUCCCAUGGAACAGGUGCGCAUUGAAGCCAGCGACACUAUCAAUGGAGCGAACUCAAUGGUCACUGGAGGUGCCGUUGGCAGCGAGACCCUCUGCUAUGCCGUGCGCAAGGCCUGCGAGACACUGAAUUCUCGUCUGGAACCGGUCAAGGAGGAGCUGAAGCCCUCCGACUGGCAGCAGCUGAUCAACGAAGCGUACAACCGGAAGAUCAAUCUCAUUGCCAGCGACCAGUGCAAGCAGGGUGACAUGGACCCGUACUCGGUUUGCGGGCUCUGUCUAACGGAGGUGGAGUUUGAUGUGCUCACGGGCAACUAUCUGGUCAACCGGGUGGAUCUCCUGGAGGACACGGGCGAGAGUCUGAAUCCCAAUGUGGACAUCGGCCAGAUCGAAGGCGCCUUCAUGAUGGGCCUUGGCUACUGGACUAGCGAGCAGAUUGUAGUGGAUAAUCAGACCGGCGAAUGCCUCACGAACCGCACCUGGACGUACAAGCCUCCGGGCGCCAAGGACAUUCCCGUGGAUCUUCGCAUUGAGCUGCUGCCUAAGAGCCCCAACAAAGCGGGCUUUAUGAGGUCAAAAGCUACCGGUGAACCCGCCAUCUGCUUGUCUAUCGCGGUGGCCUUUGCCCUGCAGCAAGCCCUGCAAUCGGCCCGCGAUGAUGCCGGCGUUCCCAAGGCAUGGGUCACCCUUAAUGCCCCAAUGACGCCCGAGUUUCUGGUUCUCCAUGCCGGCACCGAGCCCAGCCAGUUCAAGCUGAACUAAGUGGUUGAGGAAGAGAAGAAGUAGAGCCAGGAGAUCUCCUCCUCGGCGGACGGAGCGUGAGACGCGGCACGUGGCCUGCGGAAGCGAUGGGAAUGCUUCGAUAAGCAUGCCAAGAUAACCCCCCUAUACAUAUACACCACUUAACCCAGAGGAGCAGACCUUGUAUUGUAUACACAAUAAAUUAAAAACAUAUCCAACGCUUAA